AUGGGAACCACCUGGUCUCAAUUUUUCCCACCCAAGCCGACGCUUACAGAGACCAACCUACCCAGCCAGAAAGGCAAAGUGUUUAUAGUCACAGGUGGGUAUUCAGGUGUGGGCUUCGAACUAUGCAAGAUUCUCUACCAGGCUGGUGGUAAAGUAUAUCUUGCCGGCCGUUCAGAAGAAAAGGCCCUACAAGCGAUCGCCGACAUCAAAAAUGCAAGCCCAAAUUCUGAAGGCGAAAUCGUGUUUCUCGCCCUCAAACUUGAUAAUUUAACCACCAUCAAACCCGCGGUGGAGAAGUUUAUCAGCGCGGAGUCUCGACUGGAUGUGCUGUUCAACAACGCCGGUGUCUCUAACCCCCCGCGGGGCUCCGUAUCUUCCCAGGGCCACGAGCUCCAACUGGCGACAAAUUGCCUCGGCCAUCACCUGCUCGCCCAGCUACUCCUCCCAACGCUUAAGCAGACCGCCCACAGCGAGUCUCCCGCCUCUGUCCGCGUGAUCUGGCUAUCAUCAAUCGUUGUAGAUACCACACCCGCGAAAGGUGUAAACCUAGAGGAGCUUUUGGGAAAAAACACCGGGAUGAACCGCAACUACGAAAAUACCAAAAUCGGAAAUUGGUUUCUAGCCAAUGAUCUGGCCAACCAGGCCGGGUCAGACGGUAUCUUGAGUGUGACAGUUAACCCCGGAAACCUGAAAUCGAACCUGACUCGCCAUUUCCCAUCAUGGGUGCCUUACCUCGUGGCACCGCUACUGUAUCAUCCUAUCAUGGGUGCUUAUAGCGAACUUUGGGCUGCGUUCUCUCCGGACCUUACGAUUGCUGACGGGGGGAAGUAUAUCGUGCCUUGGGGGCGAGUUCAUCCCCAGCCGCGAGAGAACUUACUACAAGCGAUGAAAUCGAAAGAAGAGGGGGGCACAGGGAAUGCGGCAUUGUUUAUCCAGUACUGCCAUGAUCAGAUUGCGGAGUUUAAGUAG